GCAGGCCAGCAGGAGCGGCGAGAGCCUGAGAAGCGAUUGGGAAUGCCAGCCAGAGGCCCACAGGAAAUUGCCUCUCCAGCCCGCAGUUAAAUCUGACCUCUUGGCAACCAGUCAAAACAGCGUUCCCGGAGAAUACCAUAGAGUCUGUGUUCCAGGCUAGCGGGCAGGCAGAGGGUUCCCCAGGGCCCGGCCAAAGGAGAGGAAAGGGGAGGAGAAGAUAAAGAAAAACACGCACACAUGCACGCUCACACGCACACCCUCCCAGAGCAGUCUCAACAGUGUCUUGUUGGCGGGCGGCAGAACAACAGAAGCGCUCCCCGGUCCUGGCUGCAGGGAGAAUUUCAAAACCAGCCCUAUCCAGGGUGGUUCUGAGUUUAUUUUUUUUGACACCAGGGUUUGGAAGACUCUUGAGCUCGAAGCUGCAUGCCCAUUUGCAUCUGGAGCAGCGAAUUUGGCUUUCCAACCGGCUGCGCCCAGAGGACCUUCGAACUGGAUGCCAGGGCAUCUUGGUGGAAUUUUGUUCCUGUAAAGGGCCCGGUGGGGGGGGGCAUGGACCAUAACGGCUGUCGGCAUGUCAGAGGGGGCCGCCUUGGGCUCCCUGGGGCGGCACCAGGAACAGCCCAGUAGAAUGGGGAUUCUGCAGGAUCUGUGGUUCUGCCCGCGGGCCAUCUUCUCGGGAAGAGUUUUGGAGCCUGGACGGACGGUCUCUUUCCCCGACGAAGGGCUUGGGAUGGGCCAGCGUUCCCCAUCUCGGAACAUCCGUGGCUUCUGUGAUCUUUGCUAACCGGGAGCCUCUCCGUUUAUGCGGCGGGUCUGUCGUUCCCCGGACAAUCGAGGCAGGAGGACAACUGGCCGCAGAGACUGGACCAACGUCUGUGCAGCAGAGAUGAGACGGUUCGAGGCGUGGCGCCGUUCCUUCCCGUUUCUGGCCCGUUUCCGCAUGUACAGGAAGCUGAGUUGUGGCAUGCAGGCCGAUGAAGGCACCGACUGGCUUCUAGAGCUUUUAACCGAAGUCCAGCUGCAACAGUAUUUUCUGCGGAUCCGGGAUGACCUCAACGUCACACGCCUCUCGCACUUUGAAUAUGUCAAGAACGAAGAUCUGGAGAAGAUUGGCAUGGGGAGGCCAGGUCAGAGGCGUCUCUGGGAAGCCGUAAAGAGGAGGAAGGCCGUAUGCAAGCGGAAAUCCUGGAUGAGCAAGGUGUUCAGCGGGAAGCGGCCUGACUCGGAGUUCCCGCCCCAGCCCCAAGGCGCCCUGGGCAAGACGUCCACCCCGCCACCCCUGGAGGAAGGCCAGCACCAGGCCUUGACCUGCCUGAUCAGCGAGAAGGACCUGAUGCUCUUUGAGAAGUUGGGAGACGGCUCCUUUGGGGUGGUGCGGCGUGGAGAGUGGUGCGCACCUUCUGGCAAACUGCUGAAUGUGGCCGUGAAGUGUCUGAAGACGGAUGUGCUGAGCCAGCCGGAAGCCCUGGACGAUUUCAUCCGCGAGGUCAACGCCAUGCACUCGUUAGACCACAUGAACCUCAUCCGCCUCUACGGCGUGGUGCUCUCCAACCCGAUGAAGAUGGUCACGGAACUGACUCCCCACGGGUCCUUGCUGGACCCGCUUCUUCUCUUUCUUUGUUGUCUCCCACCUUUCUCCCGCUGGCCCUUCACCAGGUGUGCUCCGGAAAGCCUGAAGACCCGCACCUUCUCGCACGCCAGUGACACCUGGAUGUUCGGAGUCACCCUGUGGGAGAUGUUCACCUACGGACAAGAGCCAUGGGUGGGCCUCAAUGGCAGCCAGAUUUUGCACAAGAUCGACAAGGAAGGCGAGCGCCUGGCCCGCCCGGAAGAUUGCCCCCAGGACAUCUACAACGUCAUGUUGCAGUGUUGGGCGCACAAACCGGAAGACCGUCCCACCUUCGUGGCCCUGCGCGACUUCUUGCUGGAGGCUCAGCCCACGGACAUGCGGGCCCUGCAAGACUUCGAAGAGCCGGACAAACUCUUCAUCCAGAUGAACGACAUCAUUACGGUCAUCGAGGGCAGGGCUGAGAAUUACUGGUGGCGGGGUCAGAAUAAACGGACUCUGAAAGUGGGACAGUUCCCUCGCAACACGGUGACUUCGGUCGCGGGGCUGUCCGCCCACGACAUCAGCCAGCCGCUCAAGAACAGCUUCAUCCACACGGGCCAUGGAGACACGAACCCCCGCCAGUGCUGGGGGUUCCCCGACAAGAUUGAUGAGCUGUACCUGGGAAAUCCCAUGGACCCUCCAGAUGUCCUAGGAGUGGAUUUGACGGCUGCUCGGCCCACCCAGCUCCCCGGAAGGACAGUGAACUAUUUUCAACGAGAGCCACCGCCUCGGCCGCCUCAGCCCUCGAUCCUUCUAAAGAAGCCUUCCUACGACCCCGUGAGCGAGGAGGAGAACCCGCUCGCUUUGGGACUCAAGCACCUGUACCUGAAGAAGAAGCCGGGUCCCCCGCGAGGCCCGCGUCCUGCUAAGCCCUCGGCCUGCGUCUCGGGCACCAAGGUGGGCGAGAGGCUGCUCCUGCCUCGGACCAAAGGGGGCCACGAGGUGACGCUGAUAGACUUUGAGGACGAGCCCGCCCCUACCACCCCGUCGCCCAUUGGGGAGCACUGUGCCCCCUCGCUGGCCAAGCUGGCCAUGGAGGCGUUCUCCUUGUUGGACAAGACUCCCCCUCAGAGCCCCACCCAAGCCCUGCCCCGGCCCCUCCACCCGACUCCCGUCGUGGACUGGGAUGCUCGCCCCCUUCCUCCGCCGCCCGCCUACGACGACGUGGCUCAAGACGAGGAUGACUUUGAGGUGUCCUCCAUCAACAGCACGGAGGGCUUCGCGGGCCAGCGAGGCGGCCCCCAAGCCUGGGACGAGGAGGGCUCGGCCGGCGGCGUCGGCGUCUCCGAGGGGGCCUCCCCAGCUGCCGCCCUCGAGGACAACCUCUUCCUGCCGCCCAAAGAGGUCAAGCAACCCAGCCCCGCCCAGACGACGGAGAUCUUCCAAGAGCUGCAGCAGGAGUGCAUGAAGCGCCUCCACGUCCCCGUGGGAGCCGCCUCCGUGGCCUCCACACCCAGCCCGGUGGAGGACAAGCCCCAGAUCCCCCCUCGGGUGCCCAUCCUGCCUCGGCCGCUGCGGAGGAGCGAGCCCAGCCGCUGGUCCGGAGAGUUGUCGCCGGCCUCGGGGGGCGAGGAGGACCGCCCGCCCCAGAUCCCCCCACGAGAUCCUCUCUCCCAACCAGGCUCCAGGACGCCGAGUCCUCGAGCCCUGUCGGGCGGCUCCCCGCAGCCGAGAGCCAACCUGUGUUCUCCUCAUUCCCUGGGCCAGUUCCUGUCCACGUCCCCCGGGAAGCCCCCCAUGCCCAUGACCCAGAGUUUCGCGUUGGACCCCAAGUACGCCACUCCCAAGGUGAUCCAGGCUCAAGGGAAGGAGAACGCCAAAGGGCCCUGCAUCCUGCCCAUCGUCAAGGACGGGCGGAAAGUCAGCAAUACCCACUACUACCUGCUCCCGGAACGCCCUCCCUACUUGGACAAGUACGAGAAGUUCUUCAAGGAAUCCCGGCACCCCGAAGAGGGGUCCCCUCCGGCCCGGGUGGUCACCACGGCCACCGUGCGGCCCAUGAUCCAGCACCCACCGGACGGGCGGGCCAACUUCUCCUCCAACAACAACAGCCACGUGGCCGCCAAGGCCACCACCUGUGGCUUGCAGAAGAUCAUCUACGACGGCCCCGACGGCGCUCGGCCGUCGGAGAAGAUACGGCUGGUCCAGGAGAUGGUGCACGGAGUCACGACCGAAGAGUGCCAGGCAGCCCUGCAGAACCACGGCUGGAAUGUGCAGAAGGCCAUCCAGUACCUGAAGGUUGAGCAGCUUUUCUGCCUGGGUCUCAAGACGCGGCUGGAGUGCCACAAGGUUCUGGAGAUGUUUGACUGGAAUCUGGAGCAAGCCAGCUCUCACUUGCUGGAUCCGUACAGCGCCUUUCGGCUCAAGCGAUGAUGAUCGGCGGCCGUCCUCUGAAACGGAACUGGUUUGGCCCCCAAGGUGGGCUCGUUGGUUCCUCGUUGGUGCUGUCCGGCAGACCUUCACUUCCAGGCCUACGGACCGAGAGGCAGCUCCCCGAGAGAGAAGGGCAGAGCAGAGGCCGAAGAGACUGGGGCUCAAGCGGUCGUGAACCGCCGGGCCGGGCCAGCGCGCAUUCCUCCGCGUCUGCCGGCCAAAGACUGCACCCCCUCCUGCCUCGUCUCCCGCAGACGCUGGCGGCUCCGAGCCGGCUUGCGUUUUCCAGCCCUGCUUGCGCUUCCAGCCGUCGUUCCCAUCGCUUGCUGUUGAAUUCGUUUUGUAAAGAGAAGUGUUACCAUUAAUAUAUAAAUAUUCUAUUCUAUUUUGCAGA